AUGGGGCUCUUCGCGGCUGUCCUCGACAAAUUCUGCGAACAAUGCUCAACGCAGUCCAUUUACGUGCUCGCCGGGCUGGGCUUCAUUACGCUGCUGGUUGUCUCCGUUGUGGUGAAUGUCUUGAGCCAGCUGCUGUUCAAAAAUCCCAAUGAGCCUCCUGUUGUAUUUCACUGGUUUCCAUUCAUCGGCAGCACAAUCAGCUAUGGCAUCGACCCGUACAAGUUUUUCUUCAACUGUCGCAGCAAGUACGGCGAUAUCUUUACAUUCGUGCUACUUGGCAAAAAGACCACGGUCUUUUUAGGAACCAAAGGAAACGACUUCAUUCUGAACGCAAAGUUGCGCGAUGUCUGCGCUGAAGAAGUUUACUCGCCUCUCACGACCCCGGUAUUCGGCAAGCACGUGGUGUACGACUGUCCCAAUUCGAAGCUGAUGGAGCAAAAAAAGUUUGUGAAAUUCGGUUUGACCUCAGAGGCGCUACGUUCCUAUGUUCAGCUCAUUUCAAAGGAAGUAAACGAGUAUAUCGCAACAAGCAGUGCUUUCAAGAACGCUCGGGGAACUAUCGAUGUGGGCAAAAUAAUGGCUGAAAUCACGAUUUACACCGCUUCUCGAUCGCUGCAAGGCAAGGAAGUACGAGACACGUUUGAUUCGACCUUCGCUGAGCUCUACCAUGAUCUGGAUAUGGGAUUUGCUCCAAUCAACUUUAUGCUCCCUUGGGCUCCUCUUCCACACAACCGCAAGCGUGACCGUGCGCAGAGGAAGAUGGCUGAAACCUACAUGAACAUCAUCCAGAAGCGUCGGCAGUCUGGAGGCGAGAAGGACUCGGAAGACAUGGUUUGGAACCUGAUGUCCUGCGUCUACAAGGAUGGCACCCCCAUUCCCGAUAUUGAGGUGGCCCAUAUGAUGAUUGCUCUCCUAAUGGCUGGUCAACACUCAUCGUCUUCCACCAUCUCAUGGAUCGUGCUUCGACUAGCUUCGCAGCCCAAGAUUACUGAGCAGUUGUAUCAAGAACAAAUCAGAGUCCUGGGACCCGAUCUUCCCCCUCUUACUCAUGAGAACUUGCAAAAACUGGAACUGCAAGCAAACGUGAUCAAGGAGACACUUCGUCUACAUGCCCCGAUCCACUCAAUCAUCCGUGCUGUUAAGAACCCCAUGCCAGUCGAUGGCACCCCUUAUGUCAUCCCAACCUCUCAUAACGUUCUUUCGUCCCCUGGAGUCACUGCGCGGUCACCCGAACACUUCCCUGAGCCUUUGGACUGGGACCCUCACCGAUGGGACGGUGUUAAGAACACGGAAGACGAUGAGCAGGUUGACUAUGGCUAUGGCUUAAUUAGCAAAGGUGCUGGAAGCCCCUACCUGCCCUUUGGAGCCGGCCGUCAUCGUUGCAUUGGUGAACAAUUUGCCUAUGUUCAACUAGGUGCUAUAUGUGCAUCGUUGGUCAGGCAGCUCAAGUUUAAGAAUCUUCCCAACGUUGAAGGUGUGCCAGAUACUGAUUAUUCGUCGUUAUUUUCCAGGCCCUGGGCGAAUUCUUUCGUUCAAUAUGAGCGAAGAGAGUCAUCUUCCAAGGCCUAA